AUGCAUUCUCUCGCUGCGUACACUCUUUUGGCUUCUGCCUCUCUUGCUGUUGCCAUUGACCCCCGCUUUGAGUUCCCCGAUACUGUCCCUCUCGUCAAGCGUCAGCAGCCUGGUACCCCUCAGUACGCCUGCCACGAAGACUGCGGUCUCUUGAUCACUCUUGCUCGUGAUGAUGAGGACUUCUGCGACAGCGAUGAGUGGAACGAGCGCUACGGCCGCUGCAUGUCGUGCGCCAACACGUACGACAUCUGGAAGUACUACGGCAGCGGCGUAGGCCGAGUCGCUCAGCAGUGCGGUCUCACUCCCAAGCCCAGUCCCUCUGGUUCCUCUGGCGCUGCUUCUACUACCGCUGAGGCCAAGCCUUCUUCCACUGCCGCUGAGGUUAAGCCCUCGACUACUGCUGUCGAGAAGCCCGCUACCACUGAGGUCGAGGAGGCCAAGACUACCAAGGCUGAGGAGGAGACUACCUCUGAGCAUGAGCAUGAGGAGACUGAGCAUGCUCACACUUCUACUAAGGCUGGGCACUCUGAGGCUCAUGAGCAUACUACUCUGGCUACUCACGCUGCUGAGACGACUCAUGCUGCCAAUCCUACCAAGACUCAUGAGGCUGGCCACACUUCUGUUGAUGAGAUCGGAACUGUUGGCGUUACUGCUACGUCGACUCCCCUUCCAUCAACUGUCAUUGUCAGUGGUGCUGCCAAGCAGGUCGGUUUCUCCACUGCUAUGGUCGCCGUCGCCUUCGCCAUGUGCGGUCUCUACUAG